AUGCGAGAGCAUCUUGUUUUGUUGAAUAGAGCAUCCACUCUGCAUAGAUUAGGCAUACAUGCAUUCCAGCAUGCGGUAAAAGAAACUGGCCAUAGAUUCCGAGAAACCAUUCUUGCCCUUGGAGGUGGAAAAUCACCCCUAGAGGUAUUCGUGGAAUUCCGAGGACGAGAACCCUCUCCAGAGGCACUGCUCAGGCACAAUGGUUUGUUGCAAGUUGCGGCCUUGUCCAUUAAAUUCAGUCCAAACUGUGGUAACAUUUUUGGCUUGGUUGAGGAUGGCGCGCACAUUUGGCGAGAGGUGGUGAAUUCUAAUUUAAGGUACGAAAUGGAAGCCAACAUUGGGAUGGUUAAAUGCAAGUGCAGUUUGCUAGAUGAGGAUGGUGAAUGGUUGAUAUCGCAUAGUAUUUUCUAUAGAGGAUGA